AUAACCACGAAUUUUGUAUCACGCCCUUGCUAUUUUUCGUUCCUCUUUCGUUUUGCCCCACCGGUAGAAUCGCUUACUAAACGACAAGUUUCUUGCUGGCGACUUGUGAUGCAUCUCUCUCUUUCAUAACGUAUUGAACAAAGAUGAGAAUAAUAAACAAAAUUGUUAAUGCUUAAAGUGCUUAAACGUUUACCGUGCACAUUUUGAGGUUACUGUUGUUUGUUAGUGUUUGGGUUAUACUUUUACAAGAAAAUAGUUAAUUAAAACGUCUUGAAAAAUGAGAGUGUAGGCUGCUCAUUGGUCUCUUAUUCUCGACACAGCUGAAAAACACCCUGAACUCAUUACGAACAAAUUCCAUAGUGUUAAAUGGAGAAGUGACAACAAUAACAUGUGGGACGAGCUUACCACAAAGCUCAAUGCUUUAGGACAUGGACAAAAAACAAAAGAAGAGUGGAAAAAACCUCUCACCAACUGGAAAAGUAAAACCAAAGCAAAAGCUGCUUCAAUAAAUAAACAUGCUUUGGGCACUGGUGGUGGACCAAAAAUAGUCAUAAUUUUGACUACCUUUGAAGAGCGAUUGCUUCAAAUCAUGGGGAAAACUUCAUACGAAGGAAAUAAAGAAAACAUAGAAAGAGGACUAAAGCGCAGAAAAUUAUUUACUGAAAGCAACGUCGAAAUGGAUAACUAUUCAUCUACUUCAAGUGAUGCAGUCACAUCUGAAAUUUUGUCAUUUCGACCUCAGCCUACCGUACACAAACCGACAACUCAGUGUUUGAAUGAAAUCAUUAAUUUCACACCAUACCAACUGAUAAAAAAACCUACAGAUAGACAGACUCCACCUACCCCAAUACACAGUUAUACAUCUAAUCUCCACCUACCACCUCGGAAUACGUUUACACAUCCACACCUCAACAUUUACAUGAAACCGUUUCUCUUACACCACACCGCUUCACAAAAUUAUGUACAGAUACCAUGGCACUCCAUACAGACUUCCCUAAACCACACCUGCAUUCCCCAAUACUGUUGUCCCAACAAUCCCCAAUAG